CACACGGCGGCAUCGUCGUACGCGUCGUACGAAUACAGAGUUCACUUUUCUUUGAACCCAGCUUGGCGGCAGGAAGCCGCGACAAUUGAAUUUCGAAAGAACUGGACAACACAGCCACAGCGCUCUCCAGUAAUCUAGUUGAAUUUAUCCAGAUUACCAGAAGGUUGCUUGGAUUUUGUGAGCUUCAUGCCACCUUCCGUCGAAGAGGCUGUGGCUUAUUUCUAGUCCGUAACGACAGCCUUCUGUUUGUAAUGACAUACCAACUGUUCGUAAUAUCUUUCAACGUCAUCGAAUAGCCGUUAGGGUUGCGGAGUGCAUCAACUUUCUUCUCUAUCAAGUGCCGCUUUUUUCGUCCAGUAUCGUAAGAGCGCGGCGGGGCUAGCUGGAGUGGACACUGACCAAGCUACACAUAUCUCUAUCGUGAAAGAAGGCGCAGUUUGUAAGCCGAAUCCCACCACCUUUGCCUAGGACUUUCCACCAGUUCGACCCGGCUCCAGUCCAGCUACAGGUUGCAUUCACCACGCCUGUCUGUAUUCUCGUCUUGCGGCUGGAGAGAGCCCCGCACCACAUGGCAUUGCACCGCGGGCCCUCGUCGUCCUCCCAGCGGUCCUCUGAUCGCAUCUAUUCAUGGCCACUAACCGUCCUGGUUGUCGGCCUGAUUGGCGCCUGUGCUGGUGACUAUGACGACACUCCUCCCACCUAUUCGUCUUCGUUUCCUGCUGCCGACUCGCUCCCUGGUGUUAAAGCGAAUCCGGCAAAUACCACAGAACCCGUUCCCGGCUGGCUGUCCGUGGCCAGCUACUACGAGUGCAAGGUCGGGCGGAAGAGCAUACACUUCUAUCAGCCACGCCGCGAUUAUGUCGCGGAGAAUACGGACGGCCCUGGCCAGGAGUACUGCGCCGAUCUCAAUCGCGGCUCCCACUACCGGCCCAUGCACCUGGUGUACAAGGAGGACGCCGAGACCGACGACUGCAUGGAGCAGGCGUUUGCCAAGUUUGCGCGCCACGCGCUCACCGGUGAACUGCUGCUCGGCAAGCAUCGCAUCGCCAUGGCCAGCAGGUCAGCGCCCAACCGUCUGGCCGUGUUCAUCUCACGCGUCUACCAGGCCAGCAUCGUACCCAGCGACUACCGGCUUGAUGGCCCGGUAGCCCGUCAGGAGUGGCAAUCCCUGAGAUUCAUCUGCUCGUACACCAGUGCGAGCUGCACACUGGAAGGAAACAGUUACACUCACUCGAUGUUCGUUGCGCCGCCUAACACUCCCAACUGCCGGGCGGACGCCGAACGGAUGUCCGUGCUAAUGUUUGUAAAUGACCCGGUCUGUGUACUGGCUCUACGAGAGCUCUACCCACCGGCCACCCCGUCCCUCAGUGAGUGGGCGAUCAACCCACCGGUGCGCGUGGACUAUAAAGGGUACUGCUUAGCCAUCGUCGGCACAGCCACCGAAGGUGAUAAUCGGCAUUAUGUGAAGUCCACACCGUACAGUUGCACCAAUUCAAUCUUCCCUACUCUCCCUACACUCUGCGCCUCGCGAUCAAAGAAAGUUAAUGGGCGUCCAGGAAAUACGUCAAUGAUCCACCGCAGCGCGUUGAGUGGCGCUCCACAAUUGUUCAUGGGUGUAGUGACCAAAACAGGAAUUGCGGACUAUCUCUGGUCUCCUCCGUUAAAUUAUGGCGCAACUGACGCCAUACUUGUGGACUGUGUAUUUACACUGGAUACUACAUAUCAAGGUAACAGGAGUUUCCUGAAGGCACCCGAGCGAAGAACUGCUGAUCUCAAAAUUCCCUAUUCAAAGGUUGGUGGAUAA